CCUGGCAGUCUUCAGGCAGGCUUGUUUACGUAUUUCUCGGUGCAAGUGUGUUGUGGGGGCAGCGCCGCAUAACGAGAGCGUUUGGUACUGGAUCACGAAUUUUGCACGUCAAGGGAAGGACAGAAUCUCCAUUAAAGCCGGCUUUCAGAAAGGAAGUGUGAAAAAUGCCGAAGGGAAAGAAGACUCGAAAAUUUGCUGUAAUGAAAAGGAUGAUCAGCUUAAAUGAUCCUCGCUUAAAACCAGAAGACAGGAAGCCAAAAAAGGAGAAAAUACCUGAUCCUCAUGAAGCAAAACUUGUUGAAGCACCACAGUAUUCUUCUGCGCUCUUCUUUGAAUACAACACUCAGUUGGGUCCUCCAUAUCGUAUCCUCAUCGAUACCAAUUUCAUUAACUUUGCCAUCAAGAACAAAGUGGAUCUGGUUAAAGGAAUGAUGGAUUGUCUUUAUGCCAAGUGUAUACCAUAUUUGACUGAGUGUGUGCAGGGAGAAUUAGAACGCAUGGGAGAACGGUAUCGUUUAGCCCUGAAAGUCAUUAAGGAUACUCGGAUAGAAAGACUUCCUUGUAUGCAUAAAGGAAUAUAUGCUGAUGACUGUCUUGUUCAGCGUGUCACACAGCACAAGUGUUACAUCAUAGGAACAAAUGACAAAGACCUGAAGCGAAGAAUACGUAAGAUUCCUGGCGUUCCAAUCAUGAGUGUUGGCCAGCACAAGUUUGUGAUUGAGCGAAUGCCAGAUGCACCUCAAAUGUAGGAUUUUACCUUAUUCUUUCAUAGGUAUGAUGAAAUUUUGAUAAAAGCUGCUUUUAUUUACAGUAAAAGUUGAUGAUAAAUAACAAGGUCAGGGUUACUAUAUAUAAAUUCCAGUUAUUUUCAUUACAAAGAAUAUUUUAGAUUUGCACCAAGGAAUGAUGAAAUUUUGGAUCUCACUGCCAUAUCCAUCAUUCCCCAUAGCUGCCUUGCAAAGGGAGUGAUUGUGAUAAGUUUAUAUUCAUGUUUUCUAUUUUUUAAAUCCAGCAAUCUUUCCUUUUCUUUCUCAUUUAUUCUCUACAUACACUUAUAAUUAAUGUUCUGAUUUAUUAAAUAUAAUUAAUGUUCUGAUUUAUUAAGUACCUCAUACUUUGUACCAUAUCUUUGAUACAGUAUAUCUUUUAUUACUUUAUAUGGGAUUCCUUUUUGUUUAGUUUCACCAUGUGAGUAUUCUCUUUAAUUAAUUUGACUUCUGCUGUACAGGUGACAUCAUUAGCCUUCAGGAUCAUGCUACAGAUGUUAAAUAUUAUUUGUGAAUUGGGGUGAUCUGUGUGAUUUGUGAUUCUGGUCUAUCUUGGGUCACAACAUGCAGUUGUUAGGGUAUGUUAUCUUUUAUAUUGUUGGCAUUCAGUUAUUUACAUAUAUUUUUCUUGUAUAUUUAUUUGGAGAAUACAUUGUUAAUAUUGUUAAAUAUUUCAGUUAUCAGAUUAUGAAUAUUCUCAUUAUAUUUCCUGUAGAAUUUUCAAUCAUCUAUAACUAAGUUUGGGUUUUGAAGUUUCUAGAUAUAAUUUUCAUUAAAACAUGUUUUCAUCAAUUCCCUACUACAUUAUCUUUUUUAGAUUAUAGUUACUUUUAUGGAAUCGUACUUUUAAAGAGUUAAUAAAAUCAUGAAAA